CUUGUAGGUUAGUUUGAAUAGUUUUCCCAGUUUCCGUUCCUUCAUCUUUCCUCUCUUCUUCUCUCCAAUCUUGUGCAGUUCUCUGUUCCUCCGGCGCCCAUUCUCAGUUUUCUUCCCCGAGUGCAUAUUAAAUAAGCAGUUUUGGAAUUUAGAGUUGGUUGAUAGAUUGCCAAAAACUGGGCUUUAGUUUACCUUUCUAAACUUCAACCUUCAACCUCUUCAAAUUCACCUUCGCAAUAUGGCCUUUUCCCCACAACCCAGAAGCUAAAGUAAGGGUCCUUAAGCCCAAGGAAAUCAAUUUCACUUAUGGCUGCUACUGUCGAUUCCUUCAAGGACGAAGAGCAUUCAGAGGCUGUUUCACGAUUGGUGGAAGGCCCAUGCCAAUUACGAGAACUCGGUUCAGAAUCAAACCCUCAACAACCUCCUUUUAAGCUUCUGAAAAAUUCAUAUUUUGAUGAACUUGGCAGCCUAUCGACUGCAAUACAUGCAUUCCAAUGUCGCUUUAAUGAAUUGCAAGACCAUCUAUGUUUCAUUCACAACGCCAUAGAUGCACGUUCGAAACAACAUAUGUCCUCAUCCAACUCUCUGCUAGAUAAUCAUUCACAACUGCUAUCUUCCUUAUCCUUCAAGUCUUCUACUCUCGUCCCAACCGCAGAAAGUGGACGAAAUCCUGUUUAUUCGAGCACCCAUCCGUCGCGUAGUCCUAGAAGCAAUCUCCCUGAAACUCGUACCUAUUCUGGCAAAGUUGAUGGUAAAGAAGGCGUUGAUAAGCAAACAGAAUCCUCCUCUCUCUCCGAGCUUGAGCAUCUCUGCCAAACCAUGUGUAGCCGUGGCCUACGCAAGUACAUAGUUUCUCAUCUAUCGGACCUCGCUAACCUCCGUCAUGAAAUUCCGCUCGCUCUAAAAUGUGCUCCUAACCCGGCCAAACUCGUGUUCGAUUGCAUUGGCCGCUUUUAUCUUCAGGGCAGCAAAGCCUACACCAAGGACUCUCCUAUGAUUCCUGCUAGACAAGCCUCCAUCCUCAUCCUAGAACUUUUUCUGAUCUCAGGUGCAGCUGAGACCAAAAAUGACAAAAGAACAGAAAUUGAGUCCUCCUUGAAGGUGGAAGCUGACCUUGCUGCCAUUGCCUGGAGGAAAAGACUUAUUACUGAAAGUGGUUCUUGUCAGGCUAGCGAUAUAGAUGCCAGGGGUUUGCUUCUUUUUCUUGCGUCUUUUGGAAUUCCUACUGUAUUUACAAACGAUGAUUUAAGGGAUCUCUUACGAUCAAGUAACUCAAAGGGGCUAUCGAAUGCCCUUUGCCAUUCACAUUGUCUUCGUACACGCAUUCCAGACAUUAUAAAGGGGAUGACGAAGAGCAGUAAGAAUAUUGAAGCUGUUGAUAUUAUUUAUGCUUUUGGUAUGGAGGAUGUAUUUCCACCACAGGAAAUUCUGUUGUCAUUUCUCCAAGAGUGUGAUGAAACGUGGAAAAAAAGAAUAAAUGAAGUACGAGGUUCAACCAUGCAACUGAGACGGGUGAGUGAAGAGAAAUUAGCUUCUCUGAAAUGUGUUCUCAAAUGUUUGGAAGAUCACAAGUUGGAUCCUGUGAAGUCUCUUCCUGGAUGGAAAAUUCACGAAAUGAUAAAAAACUUGGAGAAGGAUAUUGUGGAACUUAGGAAAAGAAUGGAAGAUAAUGCGAGUCUGAAGAGAAAAACAGACGAAGCUUCCACACAGAAGUAUCUGAGUCAGGAAAUAAAGCGGUCGCGAUUGGCAAGUAAGGGAGGAUUCCCUGUUAUGUCUUAUCCAGUCAAUGGUUUGUUGGAACAAAAUGCAGCUACGUUUUUGGAGGACAAGAGCUGUUUCAGUACUAGUAGUAGUUCAAUGCCACAAAAGUUAUUGGAUGGUGGACGUGCUUCUCAGUUAGGUAAUUACCAAAUUGCUUCGUCUUUGCGUGGACCUGGUUUGCUUGAAACUACAGUUUUGCCUGCGGAUAUUGGUAGUGGUAUCACCAAUGCUGCUGCCUCAUUCCCCAGAGGAAUGGGAAGGGGAAGGGACAGCAACGAGGCUUCCAUUUACAAAAUGGGGCCAACUCGUGAGUUAGCUUAUAAAGAUAUAUCAGUUGGGCAAAGCUUUAUUCAACAAGCUAUGCCUACACUUGCAACAACCCCUACGCCACCGCCAACAACCGUGGAGCCUUAUUCAGCUGUAGAUGGGUUCAUGGGACACUCAACGAGCAAUAAUUUUGAUCUCUAUCAUUUUGCUGAUGCAGCUGUGUUCGAAAAUGAUCUGCCCAAGAACAGCACCAGUCAAACUGGCACUUUGUCUCGCCUUCGGCUGCCCCAUAAUCACCAUCCUCCCUACUUUUACAAUUGAUCCUAAAUGUUUUCAUUUCAUUAUAUAAUGAAAACAGCUGGGUUGACUUCGUUUUUUGGAUAGGAUUACUGAAACACAUUUUCUUGUCUCAGCUGCAAAGCGUUGGGUGUAUUAUUAGUCAUUAGAUUUGCUAGGCAGGCUGGCUGGCAGAACGUUCUUUGCUCAACUUAUGCACGUGAACAAUGCUCUUCAUCUAUUCCUGUUCAAAACAACUCUUUAUUUAUGGUUUGUUACAAUCACAUCCUUGUAUUUAUAAUUUGAUCAUCAACCCCUCGAGAUUCUAAAUGGAUGUUAUUAAACUCUUAAAUAUCGCAAAAUAGUGUACCAAGUGAAAACCCUUUGUUAAGGUGUCAAGAGUGAGCUAGUUAAAACAGCUGGUUGUUAUUCUAAGAGCUUGUAACCAUUGCACUAUAAAUAAACUCCAUCUCCUCUUAAUUGAGGAAGAAAAUGGUUGAUUCAAA